AUGGCAGGCGACAGCACCUUGUUUCACUCCUUCUGGUGGACACACUAUGUAACAUUCUGUGCUUUGGCGGUGGUUUAUGUCUGGGGCAUUCAGUUGGUUAGGCGGCCAGCGCGUCAGACCGAUGAUGAAUUAUAUGCGAAGUUGUUUGAUUUAGCUGAGAGAUGUCGAGCUCAUCUAAGGCAAGCAACAGCCGGGUUGUCACCUAAUCGGCGAUACGAUAUUAUCCUUGAAGAAUUGAGAAGAGAAGCUCGCAACUCCCACAAUCAUAAAGGUGGAGAAGCUGACCUCGACCAUCAAGAAUUUCAGACUAUCGAGGAUGAUGAUGGCCCCGGUCUACACGACCCAUUUUUCAACGAUCCGCAUGUCACGAGCUCUUGUGACCCGAAUUUUCUAGGAAUUGCGUAUAAUGGAGGGACCUCUUCAGCAUUUGGAUUCGAGGGAGCAUUUCAGUUUUCUGAUUGGCUAACACUCGACUCAUCGUGGCUGAUCCUAAGUCUGUGUCUCCACCAUGGCUUUCUGCCUUACCUGAAUGAAUUUACCAUUUCGGUUAGGAUUGGCGAUAAUAAAUAUGAUGUGGCUGGCUUUCUUCCUGGCGCUGUGCUCGUUAUAUCGAAAUGGUAUCUCCCGGAUGAGACACAAAGUCGAAUUGCCAUUCUUUAUACCUCCGCUGCCUCGGGUGGAGCAUUCUCUGGUCUUCUUGCCUUCGGAAUUGCCAAGAUGGAUGGCGUUGGCGGCUACGAAGGCUGGCGUUGGGUCAGUCUCCUCAACACAGUUUAG